ACCACUGCUGUGACACAUCUCACACAUCUCACACUUCAAUUAGAGACGGAGGACAGGUCGUCACAGGCAGCAUUUGGAGUUUGUCGGAGGACGGUUUGGCGCCCUGUUUUGGAUCAGACUCCAGGGCUCGGAUGUUUCCUGUUUACAGAAGAGAAAGGACCCAUGUGAGCAGCAUCCUGUUUGACCGGAUGAUCUCCUGAUGGAACCUCCUUCAUACGAAGAGGCCGCUCUCCACCCUCCUGCUCGGAAUACUCAAGGACUGUACACCCCACCACCCCCCUCCUACUACGCCUCCCUCUCCUCCCCCUCCACGCCUCCUCCCACCUACGUAGAAGCAGUUAGGAUUCAGCGGGAUCCAUUUCCCGUCCUGUCUCUGCCCUCUGUGCCCACGUCUGUGACCUCAACUCCCCGAAACGCUGGAUACAUAAUCCAUCCACUCACACAAGUCGGUGCAACACAGACUGUCAACAGCAGCCAAACCCAGCCGACGCCUGUCCCCAUCAGACUGUCCGAUCUGACAAAGCAGCCUGGUUUGGUGCGCUGCCCACACUGCCGGCGAACUGUUACCACUAAUGUCAAGUACCAUCCUAGCAAGGAUGCCUGGGGCCUGUGUAUACUUCUGGCAGUGAUGGGGCUGAUCUGUGGUUUCUGUCUGAUCCCGCUCAUCGCAUGUGGACUACAAGACGCAUAUCACUCCUGCCCAGAGUGUGGACGCCAUCUGUUCACUUACAAACGACCACUGGACGACCCGGACUGUGUCACCUAAAAACCAGGACAGUUUCUAGGUGAUGGAGCUGUAAGUGACGUACAGAGAAGACUGUAGAUGGACAGAAGAGAAGUGGAUUGUGCUGCAAAAGCAGUUUGACACUUCAUUUUUAUUUUGAUAGAAACUCGAUUCUGUUAACCAACGAGAAUCCAGACUCACCACAGCUGCUUUAUUUUUUAAACGAUCAUUGUUUUUGUAAAUAUGCGGUGGUUAGAACCGUCGCCUCACAGGAAGAAGGUUGAGGGUUUGAAGCCGAUGUCGACCGGGGCUUCUCUAUGUGGAAUUGCCAUGUUCUCCCUGUGUCUGAGUGGGUUUUCUCCUGCUUCCUCCCACAGUCCAAAGAAAUGCAGGGUGGGGUUAGGUUAAGUCAAUACUCUAUUUUGCCUGUAAAACCUGAAUGUGAAUGGUAGUUUGUCAUUGUUCCCGUGUAAUCUGGGUUUAGCUCCAGAUAACCCACCGUGACCCUCAAAGGAUCAGCCAUAUAUAGAUAAAGGAUGAAUCUUGUCAAUAAUGAAUCCUAAUUUAUUACUCCAUGAAUCAACUGAAGGAUUGUGUAGUACUUCCUCCUCCAGGUACUCCAGCUUCCUCCCACAGUCUAAAAACAUGCAGUUUAGGUUAAUUGGAAACUCUAUAUUGUCCGGAGGAUUGUUUGUUUCUCUAUGUCAGCCCCCGAAUCAUAUCCCAAUCUGUAAUUGGCAUUUUUAUAUACAUACAAUUAUAAAAACAAAAACAAAAAUACUUUUCGCAUAUUUGAUAUUUUGUAAGAACGUAUGGGGUUGGGUUCCCUUUCUUUUUUUUUAAACAAGGAGGAACUGAAUACUGAAUCCAUCCUUGUAGCGUUGGACCACAGCUCAGCGCACAAACAAAAGACAGAGAGGACAUUGUCGACAAACAAGUUCCUGUCCAGUCCAGGGACGGAUUUACAUGAACCAACAUGGUAAUGAGCUGUUUUACAUAUUUAAAUACUAACAGAACAGACAAUGAACAUUUACCCAAUGUGAUGAGACAGAGGAAACUUGUCCAGGUGUGAAUGUUGGACAUGUUUAAACCAAACAAGGCUUAAUGGAAAACGGAUUUACCCUGCACAGCCAUGGUAAGCCCACACAGGUAGUGUGUGUGUGUGUGUGUGUGUGUGUGUGUGUGUGUGUGUGUGUGUGUGUGUGUGUGUGUGUGUGUGUGUGUGUGUGUGUGUGUGUGUGUGUGCGUGUGAGACUCUUUCUGGUCCAAUAGUGAAACACCUGAGUGGAUGUGCAGGUACGAUUUGUGAUCAAAUCGAUUGACAGAACUUUUAAACUAAAAGCUGAAUAUAAAAUGUGAUUUUUUUUUUGUUUGUUUGCUGUAAAACAUUUGUUUACAUGUGUAAAGUUUGCACACGUUGUUUUUUUAAUUGUGAUUUUAUUAUGAAUAAAAUUA